AUGAUAGUCGAAUCAAUCGAAAGAAUUCUUCGUCAACUAGAAGCUAUCGGCGAAAAUCUUGAACACUCAAGUAUUGAAAAACUCAUUGAAAACAAGCUACCAGGAUGGAUUCUAGACAAAGCCUGUCGAAAAUGCCUUAAAGGAGGAUACAUAGAGACCGAUUAUAAAAAAAUCUGUGAAAUGUAUGUUUUUAUUGUAAAAAAUCACAUAACAGCGCGCUCUGUCUGUGACGACAGACGACAAUUUAAUCAAGCAGGACAUAAUCCCAUAUCAGAAAGGGACGUCAAAUUAGAUGAUGAAACGGCUAUCAUCAACACAAUCACCGAAAGGGAGAAUGAAAUUUUACUUUUAUGUAAAGAAGUUACUGUCUUUAAUCCAGAAAAUUCAAAAUGCUGUAAAGUUCUAGUGUUUUUUGAUAUUGGAGGUAAUAGUAAAGUGAAUGUGGUAGAAUAUUUAACGAGUGAACUUCAUGUAGCAGAUAUAUCAUCUACACUGGACGUGAAUUAUCCGUUAGAAACUCUAGCUUUUUACCGGAAAAAAACAAAUAUGUUAAUUGGAGCCGACUACUUCUUUAAAUUUACACAACUAGAGAAAAUUCAAUAA